GUCAAACGUGAGUUGUCAAAUUUAUCAACUAAUUAAGCUAACUUAGCUUCUCCUUCAACCUUUUGGCUCGAAAACGCCAUAUCUGUACGUAGGUUGGAAAAGUUUGUCUCUCCACCAUGUCUGCUGGUUGGAAAGAAACUUCUCGUGCAGAAGUUGACGGCCGGCCGGUCAGAAGAGAUUACAUAUAUUUUACGUAAUUAAUUAACCACUAGACUACAAAUUAAUUGAUUCAUGCAUGCAUGAUAAUGUUAAUCAAACCCACUAAACUCUGCUGCUAAACUAGAUUAGACUAGACUAACAACAACGUAGGACGACUAACGCUGACUGAGAUUGAUUACCACUAUUGAAUUAUGAGAUGUUAGCCUAUAAUUAGGUGGUCAGUUCGUGGAAUUCUAAAGCUAUAGAUUUUUGCUAAUUAAGAGGCUGACGCCGUUGGCUACAGGAUGAAAAUUGUACUAGAUAAUGAUAAUUUUUUUUUAUAAGAGUGAUAGGUUUUACUUUUUUGGUUCGGUACUAUUUAAUAUAUUCGAACUUGAGACCUCCAGGUUUCAAAUAAGUGAUAUUACUCCUAUUCAUUCAUGAUAAUAGUAAAUUAUAUGUCAUUCCACUAUUAUUUGGGGAGAAUAUUGUAAUAAUAAUAAUAAUAAUAAUAAUAAUAAUAAUAAUAAUAAUAAUAAUAAUAAUAAUAAUAAUAGUGAUGGCUUUGGUAUUCAAACCGCACUCAUUCUUUUGGGUGCAUGCAAUGCACCCGUCUAAUAAUCAGUGGUGGAGCGACAUUAUAGCCAGGAGGGGCUAUAGCCGCUCUCAACUCUUAAAAUUGCGUAAAUUUACGUGUAAAUUUUGUAACGAAUUUGAAAAAUAUAAUAGGUGGUAAGGCUUUAGCCCGACCCUCCCUCACUACGGCUAAUAAUUGUCAUUUUGAGCAGGCGGUUCAUGUCAAGCCGAUGUCAAUUAUAACUUCUUAUACGAUGGGCGAGAAAAUGCAUGAAUUUUUACUAAAAUCAUUCAAGGUUUACCUGAUUUGAAAAAAACUUAAUGUAUAUAGAUCGUUAUAGUUUUGAGUUUACCGUUUUUUUUUUUUUUUUAUAGUUGGUGCACCGUCCUACGUACCCUUCUUUCACGAUCACAGUAUUCAAUUAUUCAUCAGCGUAUAUAAACUUUGAUAUUUACCCAUGUUACGAAUACACAUUAGAGUUGUCUCUAUAAAGGUGUUUACUAACUAAACGCCUUUUUCCAAACAUAUAUAUUAAUGCCAAUGUGUUGACAUGUAUAUAUAUUGCGCAUUUUAUUACUUAUUAGGAUGAAAACGAGUGAAAGCCAGUAAGCCAUCAUUAAUUACACCAUUAACUAUAAGACAAGAAAAGAAGUGCACGCGCAAGUAAUUAAUUCACUAUUAAUUUAAGUUGUUGUGUGAUUAGAUCACUGAAAAACAGUAAAACACCAUCAUUUCGGCUAUAAUUCUUUCCACUUGAUUGUAAGGCAAACUCUGUGUCGUCCGGUGCGCGCGUCAAAGAAUCGAUAACUCGAGGACCGAUCGAUCCUUCCUUAUAGAAGAACAACUCAAUCUCGAUUAAAAUUCGACCACUCUUUCAUUUUUUUUUUCCCCAUUACUAACGCGAUUUGAUGUUGAGGUAGAAAUUCCACUUUUAUAGCAUCCACCCUAGUUCUAGUUUGAUAUCAUCUUUAUCUUAAAUACCAAACACGUAAAUAACCAAAAUAGGUGAAAAUUUGAGUGAUGAUGAUUUAAUAUAAUUAAGCUAACAAAAAGAUAUAAUUUAACAGGUGAUCGAGCAGGCCGUGAAAAGAAUAGAAAGGCAUAGCCGGGUCCCGGCGCAAUAACAUCAAAAACAAAUUUGGGUGGAAAUUAAUGAAUGUAGCUAGCUAGGUGGUGAAAUCAAAUUAUUAUUAACAGGAGGAAAGGAGCUAUCUAGAAUUGGAAUUAAUUAAGACUAUGAAUUUAUGAGAAACAAUUUCACACAAAAAAUAAAUUCAGUGAUGUGGAGUGGAUCAUGUCUCUACGUACCUAGCUUCCUAUUUGUCUAACGUCCCGUUGCCCUGUCCGAUGGUGAAGUUCUUUCGUGGACAUCCAAUAAAAUUGGAACGAUACAGAAAAAGAAUAGGGUCACAAAUGCACUAUUAGCUAAUAUAUAUAUACGGAUGUUUCCGUCCAUCAUUUUCUGAUUUCAAUUCAUCAAAAUUGAAUUUAAAGGUGGACGGUCAUUUGAAGCAAAAGUUAAUGAGAAUGUUUUACCAUUAUUUUCUAAAUUCAAAAUUUUUUUGGUAGAUGGGAUUUCAGAAAGUAUAUAGCACGAAAAAUUUAUUAGAGUUGGCAUUCGAUAUAAAUUUAUAAAAAUCUUGCUCGUAUUUAUCCAGACAACUUGUACGGUUUUGUUUGUAACUUUUUGUUUGUGCUUUUAGAAGGUCAUUUUCUCUUUUCCCUACCAUCGAGCACUAAUGUUGUAGGGUCAAUUUGUCUGUCAAAGGCGCCAUAUCUCUUUUUAUUGAGAUUUUAAUCAAUUUGUUCGUAUUUUUCUGUUGCCUUUUGUUGUUUAUUAUUAUUAUUAUUAUUGCAUAAUAAUAUGGCAAUGCACGCAUUGCGAGUCCAAUUUUUAUAGACAUAUACAUAUACGUACGUGUACAAACAUUUAUAAAAAAGAAUCUCACUAACUUCUUGAUAUCCAAAUUUUUUUAUGUAAUUAAUUAUGAUUUUUGUAGGUGUGCAGUUUCUGCGUUUUCUUUGAAUAAUCCAUCAACCCUUUCUUAAUUAAGUUAGAGUCAGUAAAUUAAUGUACUCUUAAACCCAAAAUCAAUAAUCCGAAUCAUAAGUAGCUUGGAUUUAGGUUCUCUCUUAUCACUUGGUAGUAAGUGUACACAACCUACAAAUAAUCAACAACGUCCCGUAGACCUAAAAUUGCACUUGCCAACCAAAAAAUAAAUUAUGUACUUUGGUGGGUGAGGUGAUUCACGAAGGUGAUCCACUCCAAAGUUAAUUUACUCAAACACCAACAACCAAAGAAUCUCACUAACUUUUUAGAUCUAACUUGUCUGAACUCUAAUUUCCGAGUCGAUUUGAGAUUGUACAUGUAACUUCAAGAUCUCCAUCAAUUUAGCUAAAGAACUUUUGGUUUUGCUUACGAGAUUUCUUUUCAAGGUCUAAUGGACCGGUUAUCCUCCUUUAUCAGUUGUCAAUAUAAAGAUCGAUUCCAAAAAAACCCAUUAUAAUUUUUGGUAUUGAUCUAUCAUGUGAGUGCAGCAGCGCCCUUUUGGCCAAAUUUAGAGUUAUUCUCUCCAUCUAUAGUGAAUACUAUCUUGUAAAAUUAUUAAUUUAUGUUCUACAAUGUUCAUUCUAGCGAUAUACAUAGAAAUUAUGACGCCGAAAAUGUGUCUAUAUGUGAUACUUACAUUAACUUGGGUGUUUUUCUCACAAUUUGAUCUAAAUAUAGCCAACGCCGUAAAUGGAGCCGCUAGAAACAUCGAAAAUAUAUGUAACAAUAUACGAGAAGAGCGUGAUGAUUUCUUUAGUUAAGAUGCUUGAUAAUGGAUAAAUCUUUCCAUGAACAACUUUCUCAUCCUUUAGUCACCAUCCCAGCCAAAGUUUCCUAACAAUUAUAUUGAACAUUUUAUUAAUAUUGAUGCCCAAAAAUAAUUAAUAUUCCCGACCAACCCAACCCCCUUCUUAUAUAUAAACUCCAAAAAUUAAUCCAACAAGCAGAAACUUCCAACAAGCAACACCAAAAUUUUCUUUUCCCACUCCUCUCUCCCACUACUCCCCAUAUUAAAAUCCCCACAUAAUCAAAACCCACAUAUAGAAACAAAUAGAAUAUUACUAAAUAAAAAAACAAAAGCCAAAAAGUGAGAGAAGACCCCAUGAUGCACAAAGAUAAAGCUCAUGAAGAAGAAGAAGAAGAAGAGAAAGAGAAGCUCUUACUAGAACAAAAAUCCAAGCCACCAAAAUCAUCUCCUCACAAGAAAACAACAAGCCUACUAAAUCUCUCUUCCUUCUUCUCCUUUUCCUCCCUCUUUUCUUCUUCUCCUUCCUCUUCCUCCUCUAAAAAACCCAAGAAGAUGGACUCUUCCUCUCCCUCCUCCUUCUCCUCUUCAUCUCCCACCGAGCAAUCCACCUUCUACGACGCCGUUUUUCCCGUCCCUAAAUCCCGCCGCACUCCUUCCUUCUCGUCGUCGUCGUCCUCCUCAUCCUCCUUAAACGACGAGUCCCCUUCCCUCCCAGCCACCCCUCUCAACUACCCAUCCGGCGGCGUCCCAUUCUCCUGGGAAAAACUGCCCGGAAUCCCGAAAAAGCCCGAUUCCCCGUCGCUAAAGGUCACCAUUAGCGACGACUCGAAUCCCAACCCGUCACAAAAGGUACUACCGUUGCCUCCACCGAUCACUCCAACCGCCGCCUCAAGGAGGUUCAAUUUCGAGGAAUCGGGCAGGGUCAGGCGGGCAUCGACGUUCUCCACCUCGUCGUCGCGGUUCGUCGUCCCGAGGGACCCGUUCUUCGCGGCAUUGGUGGAGUGCUCCAAAGGCGACGGGAGUUUUAGCGACGACCAGGAGCUUUUGGGUGGUGGUGGCGGCGGGGCGAAGGUGGGAAGGAGCAUUAGCGACCGGUUCGGUUUCGUCGGGAUGUACGCUUCGUGUAAGCGGACGUGCGCCGUGUCGGAGUCUAUUGUGUACAUGCCGAGGUCGUCGCCGGGCCGGCCGUCGUACGAUCUGCUCAGCCGCCGGCGGUGAGUUUUGGGUAUGUAGCAAAUUUAGUACCCUCUAUUCUGUACUGUAUGUGUAUGUCUCCCUUGGUCCGACGUCGUUUCUCUGUCAUCGUCGUGUAAAAGAUUUGCCAGCGACUUUUUUUUUAUAUUUGUAAUUUUAUUUUCGGGUUUUAUUUUUUUGUUUUAUUUGGAGUAAUGUGGUCAUGUGGGAGAGGUGGAAGGGACAUGAAGCAUGAGAAACCUGUCACUCCCCACAUUGUAAGAAAAGGACACAAAGGCUAUAUAAUUAAUGUUAAUAUCUAUGUGUUUGUGAUUAGUGAUAUAUAUAAAUUAGUUCUAAUUUCAAAAUAGAGUUUUCAUUAUGUAAAUAAUGCUGUGGUGAUUUGUAAGUUGAAAUGGAGUGAAGUGAUGGUCAUGGUACUGAUCAUGUGUUUUUUUAAGUAAUGUGGUCAUGUGUCAUAGUUUUGCUAUUGUAUUAGUAUUGCUCAAAAUUGUCUUUUAUAUUUUACGAUGACAAUGAGUGGGUUGGGUGAACUUUGGUCUCGGAUUGAUCCACCCAUUUAUCAACGAGUUGAUACAAUGCUGAUUUGCUAUCCACUCAUAUUCUUCUUUGGGUUGGAUUCGGUUGAAUUGUGGGUUGACCCUCAAAAUUAAUUCUCGGAAUAAUCAUUAGAAAAAUUGACAAAUAUUUAUAAUAAAUUCCUCAUAAGUUAGGAAGAUACUAGCAAUUUAGACACUUUACACUUUGUUUCUUGUUGAUCUAUCUAGUACUUGUGAUAUGUGAUUUUUUCCACUUCUCAUACAAACUUUUCAGUAUCAAAGCCAUAUAUCCUAAAGACCAAAACUCUUUAUAUUUGUGGAUUUCAAAUUUCUAGCAGAGGUAUCAAAUCUUUCAUUACUCAAUCAACCAUGUGGUGUAGAGAAAAUUGUUGCUCUUUAUGACAUCGAUACAAUUAACAAUUUUUAUAAUUUCCAUCCCAAUAUCUAACUGAUAUUGCACAAUAGUAAUUAAUAGUUGUAGUUCAAUUUUUUUAUGCCUAUAGAUUUAGAUGGUCAUAGAUGCGGGUCAAUUGGGUGACCCGCAACCCAUAUCCACCACCCACUUAUAUAAGUGCCGUAAAGUUUUUUUUUUUUCCACAAUGAUUAAUCCACACACAUCUAUUACCCACCCACUACCAUUUCAGUUAUUUAUAGAUGGGUGGAUGUCAAAUUCUAAUUAACCACACACUGCCCACCGUUAAUGUAAAGCAUUGCAAUUCAUCAUCCUUUUCUUCCCCUAAUUAGUAGCUCAGCUAGAGUAGAUAAAACGAUAGAUGUAAUAAUGAUUAGUAGACGGCAGGAGUUAUUAUCAAACAUAAGGAAGGAAAUAUUAGGACGGAACAAUCAAUGAGUUAGGCAGUGGAUUUUUGGGAAGUAAAAAAGGUUAGGAGAAAUAGGUAUGUAUAGGGAUGGCAACUUUGCCCAUACCCAUGGGUUUUUUAUUAUCCAACCCAAUUGGGUUGGGUAUGAAAUCCAAAUAGAUGGAUAUGGGUAGAGUUUGAUGGGUUUGUACCCAUACCCAUUUACUUUGAGUUGAGUUGGGUUUCUAUCAAAUGGAUUUGGGUUUGUACCCAUGCCCAAAUACAAAUUACAGUUUGGUACCCAAACUUAAUAGAUAUGCAUGUUUAGUACCUAAAUUUAUUUUUUUGCAUAUAAGUCCUCAAAAAUAUCGAUGGAAAAUUACAUUUUGGUACCUAAAUUUUUUUGGUCUUACAUUUUGAUACCUAAACUUUUCAAGUUUUGCAAAUAGGUCCAAUUUUUGCAUGUGUAGUUAAAACACCCUCAAGUAAAUGGAUAUCCAUAUCCAACCCAUACCCAUUUAGAUUAUGGAAGCCCCAAACCCAAACACAUCUAUAAACCCCCAAAUCCAUUUGCACUUCACCCAUACCCAACCCAUUAUCAAUGGGUCUACUUGGGUUUGGGUAUAAUUACCCAUGGGUGGGUAAUUUGCCAUCCCUAGGUAUGUAUGAUGAAUUUGUCAUUAGCCAAUCUUGGUAUUGGUAUUGAGUGAUCUCUCUUAUAAUCUUUUGUGAGUAUGUAAGGGAAUUGUAAAAGGUCGGGAGUACAAGGAAUAAUACAAAUCUAAGAAAUAGCUUAUCGAAAUGUUAUCAAAAUAUUCACAAUACUUACAAUCACGAGAACAAACUUUUUGAUUCCGAGUAAUAUAACUAGUACUUUUUUAAAAACAGAAGUCGUCACUAGCUAGUCAGUAUUGAACGAUAACCAUGAACACUGAGGAAAAUAAUUGUAAUAUGACAACAUAUAUGUGAGCUUUCUUGCUCUGCGCCUGCAAGUUCGAUAUUUUUAGUUAGUUUGUCAAUGACAACACGACACACUUUCUGUAAGGCGGUUUCCCACCGAUUCAAGGCGCAUAGGCGAGAGGCGAGUAAUUAAGGCGAAUCUUCUUACAUUAAGGAUGGUAGGACACCUAUAUGAAGUAUUCGAUUUCAAUAGAUGUCAAGUAUAAAAUUCAGAUUAUUACCACAAAUCGAUUCGAUUACAUAUCCAUCGAUCACGACAGAAACAAAGAGACACACCUAAUCGAUGUUUUGCGCUGUAUUACAUGUGAUGUUCAGUGGGGAUUGGAAGAGUGUCUGUCUGACUGACAGUGAGAGAGUGAGUGAAAGCUUACGUUAACCAACUUCGCCAUGUGACUUCGUGAGAUUCAGUAAACUCAGAAGCCAAAAGAGAGAUAACUACAAAAGUGCAUGUUAGUUGCAAACCCUAGCUAGUGGACCAGACCACGAAAACAAAAUGAUUAAAGACAAAUUUCCAUCACGUUAGUGGCCAGCCAGCUAGUGAUGCAAACUGAUAUUUGUUUAUGUGGUUAAGCAGAAUGGAUUAGUAUUUCUUACUUACCUAUAAUCUCUUAACUAUAAUGAUUAAUUAAUCUGUAAUCACAUGUCUAUAGCUUUGAGGAUUUGUCGCUGAUAUAUACCAUUCACGGGCACAUGAUCAGAAGACAUAAGAGUACAAAGUGUUCUUUUGUUCCCGAGUGUAAAACCUGUUCAUGUGUUUGUUUUUUUAUCUUAAAUUUUGCUAACACUUUGUUUAUCGUGUUUUUUUUUAUGUGUGUGUGUUUACUUGAUGAUGAUCUCGAGAAAUCUCAGUGUGUAUUGCCAUCAUUUGAAUCAAAGUGCUAGAAAUCACACUGCCGGGUUGACUCCCAAUCUCGAACCAGCUUUCAUUAGCCAUCACUAAUUUUUGCCGAUUAUCAUUACCCGGCCCUAGCUAGCCAUAUGUAGGAAUGACAAUUUGGUUGGAGUAUUAUCGAUUUUCUUAUAUAUCAUCCUCAAAUUAAGGUUUUUUGUUUGACUUAAAUCGAACUAUCAGCCGCUACGAUUGGGAGUCAUGGUGCAUGGGUCGAUACACGUUUGGGUUGACAGUUUUAGGCCUGGUCUAUAACCGUUUCCUUUACCAUAUUGGAUUAGGUUUAGACCCACAUGGAGAAGUAUAAAUACUCAUCAUCUCCUCUGUAAUCUGUAAUCUUCUCGAUAUAGUGAAACUGACUCUCAUGCCCGUGGACUAGCCAACACACAUCGUGUUAGUGAACCACGUAAAUCGUGUGUCGUGUGCUUUCUGUUUUCCUAUUCCUGCUUUCUCGAUUCCGGUAAUUUCCCGAUCUGUAGCAGCGCAGUAAUAACAGUUUUAAAAUCAUAAUCAUUCACAUGAUCAAAAUUGUGCGAGUUGUAAUAUCACAUCAAAAUCUAUCCAUAUGUUAGUAAGGAAAACCCUCACUUGCAUCGUCUCCGAAUAAUCAUAUAUAAAGUUUUUGAAAUAAUGCAAAAUUUUCUUAGAAUAUCGGUGUUAAUUGAAGUUUCUUUCUCACAUUAUUUGUAGAAAUGAGAAAAAUGAGCAAGAUUUGGGGUUUAAGAGAUAAUUAUAAUGUUCGAGAGAAAUGGAUGACCGAAGUCUCAAAAUGAGAAAGUCUAGAACAUAUUUAUGAGACAUUUUCGAUUGGAUUUGAUACAGAUACAUACAAUACCAAAAACGCACCAAAUCCAUCACCCUCCACAAUGGAUUCAAGGAAACCCCAAUCAAAGAUAAAUAUUGGUUGGACAAAAUCAAUUCGGAUUUGAUUGGGUACCCAGGAUGGUUAGUUAUUUUGUCAUCCCUAACCAUGUCACGAUAUAAUGGUCUCUGAGUCUCGACUAGCAGCAGCUUUGUCAUCCAUUUUGUUUUCUCGUACGAACUGAUAGUCACUUAGUUAUCUUCCGAUCCAAUCCAACGUCGAUGAAAAUAACCCAAAUUGCAUAAGUACUUUACUCAAGUACCAAAUCCAGGUAAUUAAAGGUUGAAUUCUCAUUAAAAAUGGAUAUCCAUAUAUAUGGCUCUUGUUCAAAUUUGAAAUAUUUCUUAUGCAUAAUUCAACUUCAAGAGGCACACAUGAUUAAGUAAAUCAAAGGCAUAACAAUAGUAUAUCAUACCAACCAAUAAAUUUUAAAUAUGAGGAAGCAAGAGUGUUGCUCUUGACUUGGUGCAUGAUUAUAGUUCCUGCUGCCAAAGAAGAAGAAGAAGGGUUGUUGACCUACCUUUUAGUCUUCCAAGCAGCCCCACUUAUUUUUUUCCAUGAUAAAAUUUAAUGUGUAGUAUAGCUCACCAACAAUUGAUGUUUGCACAAUUGAUAAAGUUGCAAUGAUUCUUCUAAUUAUAGCUUGCGAUCGAAUUGGAUCAAGUAUAAUAUUCCAAUGAACUCUUAAUCUGAUUGUAAUCUAAAUAUUUUAGCGUGACACUAUACCUCCGAUGAAUUUUCCAGCAUAUAUCAAACUAUUUGACAGAAUAUCAUAUUUCGCACUUCGUACAUGGCCAACUCUGUUUAACAACAUCGACGUAAUCUUGGCCCUUACCAAUUUGGAACUUACAUCUUUAUAAGGUUAUUGUUAUUCAGUCACAUCCAUUAAAUCAUUUCCUACCUAUGUGCAAUAACUUAUGAUUACUAAUUACAAACACUCGCCUGGCCUAACUGGAUUGCAAGAGUAGGUUUGGGACACAGAAAUAAUUUUAGUGGGACAAUAGAUAAGAAAGGUGCACUUAAUUUUUUGUUGAAUUGAUAUUCCUCCCCAAAAUAUGAAAUCUGGCACCAACCCAUUUAAUUCUCAAACCUACACUGUCAACUCACUCGUGAUUUCCAUACCACACAAGCGCAAAUUAGCCCUAGAUUCAAUUAUUGACUUCUUAAUUCGAGCAAAAUAUACGCAGAAGUAAAAUGCGAAAAUUAUCAAUAAAUUUUUAUAGUGCGAGGAUGAUAAAAUUUUACACUUUAGGUUUCAAGAUCUGGAGCGGAUUACUAUGGUCUGUGUAAUGACAAACACACACCCAAGUUCUUUGCACCGAAUAUUACUUAUGUACAUGUUUUGCUGGUUAUGAUGAAUGCAGAUCAAUCCACAUUGAUCGAACAAGGACUGGAUAGAGCAAAGAUGAUUAUAAUUUUCAAUUAUAAUCAUGAUACCGCGAAACUUAUUCUCUUGGAUGGGUGUCCUAUCCUUUACUAUCAAGGAAAAAAAACAGAAAAAUAUAACAAAGAAAUAUCGAAUUCGGUAAUUAAUAACAAACAAGAAUCACGAUGAAUCGCAUUACUCCGAACCGGAAAAUGUUGAGCCCUACAUGCAUUAAACCCUUACAUAACUGGAUUUGUAUUUGUAUAGCCUUUGGGUUUGUGCGUCCCUUUAAUAGUGAAUCAAAAUGGAAAUAUCACAUGACAAUGGUGGGAAUAUUGUUCAUCCAUCAGAAAAGCGUAGGUUCAUGAGUUGUCUUUUUCCUUCCCAAAGCUCGCCAUUUCUUUGCCCACUUCAUGAUAUGAUGAAUUGUUGUUGUCGUUCUUUUAAUUGCUUUCCAUUUUGCGUUAUAUCUAUCAGCACAAAGAAAAUGGGGUUUGUUGAUAAAAAAAAAAGGGUUUGUUGAUAAUGGUCUCUAUUAUUGGGCGUAUCUUUGUGAAAAUCAAUCAAAUAAUAUAUUUUACUACCAAAUUUGUUUUAAUCGAGAGCAUGCUAAUAAAUUAAGUGCACUGAAGCACUUUUAGUCAACCCACAAUCAUUGAAAGAAAAUAAGAAAAUGAAAAUUACAUAUGAAUUAGUUGAAUCAUCAAUUCAUCAUGCAUGAGCAACCAUGGAAACAUAUUCUUUUGUACAUAAAAAGUUACAAAAUUGUAAAUUAGUGUGAAAGUAGCAUAGAAUAAAUGAUAUACAAAAAUGUGCAUUUUGUAUACUUAGGAAGUGCGAAUGGAAACACAUAUGCUCAAGAGAGUGCUAGUAGAGAUCAUAUAUGUUGGAGGCUUGGAGCAAAGUCAACAAGUUAGUAUCACCUAACUCAUUUAUGCUUCCAAAUCUCCCUUUUUAAUAAUCUUUUUGUCUCCAACUUCGAGUCCCACCAGCCGAUCAAGGUCUUGAUUAUCUUUUGACUAUUCUCCUGAUCAAAUAAUUAAUUAAGAUAGGGGGUACUCAUCACUUCGAUACAAGAAUUUCCUCCAACAGCAUCUUAAUUAAGUUGUAGAUAGAAGUGAUUGAGAGACCAUGAUUGAAAGUCACGAGGAUGGAUCAAAAUCAAAAGCAUUGCAACAAGUGCUCAAGAUUGUGAUGUAGGUCUUUUUAGAGGGAUGGACGAGGGGUAAUAGUCCACAUAAUCUUUCCCAUUUUCCCAAUGUUUAACAUAUACAAGUAUAUAACACAUACGAUAACAUCAGACGUAUAAGAGUUAUAGCGCCUCGUAUACUAGACGUAACUCCGUCACUGACAGAAAGUAUUUACAUAUUCUCUGUCUUUUUUUUAUUAUGAAUAAUAUGUGUUAUAAACGCGCUGCUACGGAUCGGGAAAUCGCUGGAAUUGACAAAGCAAGAAUACGAAAGCAAGAAUCGAAAACACAGACACACGAUUUACGUGGUUCACUAACACGAUGUGUGUUAGCUACGUCCACGGGCGAGAGAGAGCCAAUUUCACUAUAUCGAGGAGAUUACAGAUUACAGAGGAGUAUGAGAAGUAUUUAUAGUACUUCUCCAUAUGGGUCUAAACCUAAUCCAAUCUGGCAAAGGAAACGGUUACAGACCAGGCACAGAACCCGAACCCAAAUAACAUUGAGCCCAUACACCGUGGGCCGGGGGCGUUGCCCCUGGACCCCACUCGCUGACCGGGUAGCGAGACCCCCGAUUACCAGUCGUAGCGACUGAUAGUCCGAUUCAAGUCACAUCAACAAUAUGGGUUAUAUAUGCUUAUGCAUGCAUGGAGUUGACUAUAUAGACAUGGAGAGAAUGGAAGUAAAGUACACCGCCGACGAAAAUUGAAAGAGAAGCAAACCGAGUGAAACAAGGAAUGGGCAAUGGUGGGCAAUAUAUCUCACGCAAUUGAUCAUUUAAUGACCACUGUCGAAGCUUAGCCGGACCGCAACCAAAAUCUCGUGGCAAAAAAGUUCCAAAAUCUUUGGUGCACCGACGGAUCCAUAUUUUUAUUUUGCUAUGCUAUAUGCACUUAAUUACUUGCUUUGCUUGCUGCCGCUGUGCAGUUGUGAAGUGUGUGGCACCGACGGAUCCAAUUCCAAAUCAAACUUCUUAUAUACUGUGAGCCUCUCUAUAUACCGGUGCUCUUAAUUAAUUAUGUGUUUUCAUUAUUGUGCAGUUUGAUUAAGAUGUGAGGAUUAAUGUAUAUUAAGCACCUUUUGUCCUUACCUUUUAAGAGUGGGAUGACUAACUGAUUAAGAAAUAAAUGUAAAUGUAUUUGUACUUUUUAGAAGAAAUUUGUUGGCAAGUGAAGGUCUAAUUAAGUAGGAUUAAGAUCGAGUAUUUUCACUUUUAUGGAAGCUUCUUCUUCAUGGUCAAAAUCUGAAAGUGUAAAAUCGUAAAACAAAGCAUAUAUUAUUUUGUGUAGAUCCCACCAACAAUCAACAAAAAAAAUUAUGCAUUAUACGAUCUCAGCUGAAAGUUGAAAUUGUGGGUUUCAUAUUUGAGUCUACCUUUUUCCUUUCAUUUAUAUCCUUAGUAGUUUUUAUUUUAUACUAAGAGAAGAGGGUAAAGUAACAUUUUACCCAUAAAGCAUGUAAAUCAAUCCAUUAACUAGAAUCUCAAUGUGACCGAAAGGCCUCCAGUUCGAAUCGCGAUGACCCCUAUCUGUUUAUGUUUCUGUUCAGCACAUGGUGUCCGGACCUGUGCCUGUGCAAACUCCAAGCCUAUUUGAGUGGCUUGAGUUUGAGAGGGUGUGCUAAUAAACGGUAUAUGAUUCACAAUUGAACCUCUCCCAACAGCUCGAGUUAUUGAGAUCAACUGCUUCUUCUUGACACUCAAUAACCAAAUGAUGUAUUGUCAAAAUGCUAUCUAUUAUACUAUUAUAAUGAUUAUUACAAUACAUAUUUAAUAUUUGCAACUUUCAAACCACCCAUAGUUAAUUAGAUAUUGCAUGUAUCUUCUUGAGCCAAGUGCAAGCCCUAAGCCAACCCUUUUCUUUUCAUACCCUUCCUUAAUUCUUUGAGGAAGAGAACCCUUAUUUUAAGUCGAGUACUUUAAGACUAAUUAUGAUCAUAAGGAAAAGCAGAGGGUCAAUAGUGGAGUUCCCUCGACAGGAGAAAAUGAAAUCAUAUUAUUACAUCCCGCAACCAUUCCUAUCAUCAUCACCCUCAUCGAUUAAAAAUUGAUGAAUCAUCAAUAUUUCGUUAACAUUGAUUAUUCACGUCAAUUCUUUGUAUGAAAAAAAUUCAAUAAAAAACAAUCCUUACUUGUUAUUCCUCCGUAGAAAACAUAUUCGUAUCGACAUAAAGCAUAUUUCAUAUGUGUGAAAUGUAUAUUCGUCAUUUUCACAACAACUUGUAUUCCUCCAAUUUCUUCUUUAUCUUCUUUCACUUGCUUUACAUAUCGGGUGCUCCAACUUCCACUAUCUCCAUUCUACUGUUAUAUCCUCUCUUCUAAUCCCUAAUUUGUCCCAAAAUUAUUGGAUCUUCUCUUCACUAUCCUUCUAAUACGUCCCUUAAUAUCGAUUUUCUACCAAAAUCAAGGAUAUAGUAUAAGACCUAGCUCCCAUUUAUAUAUUGAACAAAAAAAACCUCCCAAUCCGUAUAAAACUCUAAUACCAUA